CAGCAGCAGCAGCAGCAGCAUCAGGAGCAGGAGCUGAUAUAACCGCAGUCCUAAUGCUCAUUUCGCAUUAGGGACUAAUACAUAUAUAUAUAUUAAAAAAAAAAAACCGUGCCAGACAUGUGAGUAGCAAACCAUCGCUGUCGUCCUCCACUUUGACUGCCUCUCUCUCUCUCUCUCCAGUAAAUGCUCAUUGAACCGUGCCGUGGUGUGUUUGCUGUCGAUCUGCUCAGUCAGUCAGGAGGGGACAAAACACUCAUCUUCCCUYGAAGAUGUCAGUCCAGCAAACCCACCGGCUCGUGAAGCAGCUGCCCAGUAGACCAUCCUGGGAUUGAGACGUGGCUCUCUUUACACUGAUGGCCUGGACUGAGUUUCAGCUGGCCUGCUGAAACUAUGGGGAGCUGCUGGAGCUGUCUCUACAGAGAACCCAUCCGAGACAACCACCUCACAAAAUUUAAGGUUAUCAACGUGGACGAUGAGGGCAACGAGCUGGGCUCUGGGAUCAUGGAGCUCACGCAGACUGAGCUCAUUCUCCACACGCGCAAGAGAGACGCCAUCCGGUGGCCGUACCUCUGCCUGCGGCGCUACGGCUACGACUCCAACCUGUUCUCCUUCGAGAGCGGACGCCGCUGUCAGACAGGGCAGGGAAUCUUUGCAUUCAAGUGCUCCCGGGCAGAGGAAAUCUUCAACCUGCUCCAGGAGCUGAUGCAAUGCAACAGCAUCARCGUGGUGGAGGAGUCGAUGAUGAUGAGUCGCAGUGGUCACACACCAGAAAUGGACAUGUCUCGCACGCCGCAGACUCCCAACACUCCAGCCUUUCCUGUCCAGUCUUUUCCCAAUGGAUACCCCGGCUAUCCAAUCAGGGGUGAUUCCUCCCAGCCCUCUCUUUCUGACGAUCAUCGGCACAGCCUCAUGGCUUUGGAAGACCAGACUCACACCUACGUCAACACUGUGAGUAUGGAGGGGGACCUUUCCAUGCGUCACUGCGUGCACUCUCUGCCCGAAGUGCGACCCAGCGCUUUGCCCGAAACAACACGGGGAGCCAUGCCCGUCGGAGGCCAAGGCAACCCUCAACCCACCCUGCGAUGCUGUCCGCUUGAAGAGCGCAAAGACCCUCAGGUGUUCCUGCAGCCGUCCUCACAGGAAGUGAAGUUCAUGCUGGGCCCCACUCCCGCACAGCGCCACCUGCUGGAGAGGGAGCGGCUCGGGCACAAUCCUCACGCCCAUCAGCCGGCAGAGGGCGCGACGGGCUCCGAGACGGAGGGAGAUGAGCCCACCAUGCAUCUGUGCAACUCCCACUCCUACCACCACUUCCAUCACCACCUGCACCGGCACCCGAGCCAUGAGCAGUCGGACAGCUGCCAGAGCGGCGAGCUCACCUACGAGAACAUCAACGGCCUGCGGAGCGGCCGGAAGCAGCGCCUGAGCCCCAGCAGCGUGUCGCAGUCGGUGGGCUCGAGCAGCAGCAGCAGCACCUGCGACAGCCACCCCCACCCCCUCAUGCACUCGCUGUCCCACGGCCCAUCGUCGCUCCCUCCGCAGGGCUACGCCUGCGACAGGGGUCUGGGCGGAGGCCACCGUCGGACAGCUCUUCUGAACUACGAGAACCUGCCGUCUCUGCCGCCCGUGUGGGAGUACAGCGCGCUGCAGCGGGACAACGAGCAGGAGGAGGACGACGAAGACCAGGACGAGGAUGACUACGAAGAGGAAGAGGACGACUUCGACGAGUACGAGUUCUCAGAAGGCCCGGGGACACCCAACGGGUACCACCAGGACAGUCGGGGGAUCCACAGAGACGCCCUUCAGAACUAUGUGAACACGGAGCAGGUCCAGCCUCCCCGGCUUCGACACGCCUGCCCCCCUCACCCUCGGCCGUGUCGACCGGACAGCGGGGGCCGAAUUUUUAGCUUUGAUUUCCGCAGACGGUCGCAUUCAGGGGUCGGAGGCUGCGAGCACGGCCACAUGCCUCCGUCGCGGCAGCUGAAUUACAUCCAGGUGGACCUGGAGGGAGAACCGCCCUGCCAGGCCCUCGGCAGCGGGGGCGCCCAGCCACAGCACCAGCGCCUGCCACCCAAAAAAUGUGGGCCGCUGGCACCCCGACGCAGCGAGUGCUACGCGGUUAUUGACCUGAAGAAGACGGCUGCCAUGUCCAACCUGCAGAAAGCGCUGCCCAGGGAUGAUGGGACUUCCAGAAAGACUCGCCACAACAGCACAGACCUGCCUCUGUAAACGAAUCUCAAACUGAAGGGGGACGACGAAGACAGAUGAAGGCUUAUCCUCACGUUAGCACACUGGACCCUUCACUGUCAUCCACCCACUCAUCUGUCGGGCCGACCAAACCGGUACAGGUACCUCAUUAGAAACUCACAGUUUGUACAAAGAAAUUUAAAACCUCUGAGGAGAAUUUGCGACCUUAUUUUGUCUUAAUUGAUCAGAUAUUUGGCGUUUAAAUCUCCUAACAGCAUUAAGCCUCAUAUAUAUCAUGUAUAUGUAUAUGUGACACUUCAUGCUCGAUCGUGAUCCAGCAGAGAUCUUUGUUUUUCAGUGAAGGUGGUCAUUGCCAUUCAGUAGUUAGCAAUUUUACUCACGAUACAUUCAUGUUUUGUUUUUGUUUUUCUAAUUAUUAACAUAACAGAAGCGUAGUUGAAGGAAAGGUCGUGGUUCCUCCCAGAUAAAGGCCAGUUUUCAUACCUCAUCACUAGCACUUAAGUCUAAUCACGUGGCUUGUACAUUUGUUACUGUAUACCUGAAGAGCAUUUUGCACACAAUCCAAUGGAAUUGUAUUGAAUCAUAUUGUAGGAGUUGUUUUAUCCAAUCCGAGCUGAAAAAGGGAAUUACGUGAAUUGAACAGAUUGAGAUAUUUGGAGGAUUGUGUUAUAGUGAAAAAAGGUAGCACAUGUGGAUUGAUUUGCUUUAGAUCUGUUCUGUUAAUAUGUAUAAAUUGAAAUUGUAGCAUAUCAUCCUCACUCACCGUCCCACUGAAUAUCAUCCCAGACUUGUGGGAACGGAGGGGGUUCACUUUGCACUUUUGAUCUGGGCCAUUUUGUCACCUCUCCCACACAACUGGAGCCACAGGAUGUUUUUUUUUUAAUUUUUAUUAAGAAAAUCAAACAUUGGGGACAAAUGGACAUUCUUAACUCAGCAAUGUAGAUAGGAUUAAAAGAAGUGGAACCUCAAAUAGUGGCAUUUAACGGAGAGUCAUGAUUUUAUGAGGUAGGCUUCUGUGGAGUAGUUAUGAAUAGUUAAUACCUUACCUGUUGUGGAUGGCUCUUUAAACUACUUGAUUUUUAGAGAAACAGAGUUUUAUUCUGACCAGAUUGGUGAGCUAACGGCUGCUCCGAUUGAUCCAUAAGUUAAAGAAGAAAAAUAACAAUAAAAAGGAAACUAAAACAAAAAAUUAGGGGUCUGUCAGAAAGCAGCUUUAAUCUAAAAUAUUUUAUUAAAGUUUAUGCAAAAGAUUAUUAAAAUAUCUUACACCAGUCAGUUUUGCAUUAAACUGUCAUUUUAGCAGGAUUAUUAUGAAAAUAUUUUUAAUAAGCGCCACAGUCUUCACAGGAAGUUCAACUGCUAUUGUUGUUUUUGCUCGCAAAUCAGGAAAAUUUAUGUAAAUAACUGUGCAAUGUUAUUUUUCUCCCUAAAAUAGUAUUUACAUAAACGGCUGUGAACAUUUGGAAAUAAAACAUUUUUCUUAGCUGCUCUUUGAGCGAUUGUUAGCUCACAAGUCCUCCAAACUGAGACUGAUCAAAGAGCUUCCUGCAACAGGUAAGAUAUUACUGUUCAUAACUUUCUCCUCCAAACUCCACUUUAAAAGAUCGGAACUGUCACUUUAAAAGAGAACGUCACAGGAAAUGCUCUGAUUUUAUAAUAUAUGUCAGGUGUAAAGACUUUGUUUUAAAAGAUGUCGUUGCAUCACGCCAUCAUGAAUUUUCGUUCAGGCUUUUUCUUAGCCAUCUCAGUGAAAAUAUUUAUUUAUUUCAUAUUUAUUCCAUCCGACGACCAGCGUUUUGUAGUCCAGUUGAUAAUCUGGAGACCAAAGUUUCACCUCAAAUUAUCGCUGGAAGCUGGUGUUUUACUGUUAUUACUGUGCUUAAUUACAUAGAUAUAUUUUUAAAAACAACAAUCGUAUUUAUAUUUUAAGUGCCAAAAUCUAAUUGCUAACUGUAGGAUGAAUAAAAUCAAGCGUGCCAUAAGAUUUUUUUUUUCAUUUGUUAUUUUUGGAAAUAUGAAGGACAGAAAGGCACAAAGUGAAAACGAAUGGGGGAGGGACAAACUGAAAAUAAAAGAAAUCCAGCUUUAUAAGAAAUAAACUAAAAUAAUAAAAACUGCACAUUCCACCUCAUCUGCAUUUAUAGCCAUUUUGAAGGGAAAAUGUAAAAAAAAAAGAUAAUUUUUCUGUCUGAUAAUCACUGUUAUGGUGGUUUUUUGCUGCUACUUGUACAUACUAACAGUAGCCCGUGGAAGCUACAGGUAUUCGUCAAAAAUGAAAAAUAAUGUGAUGUCAGACUUUUUACCAUGUUGUUGAUAUAAAACCGUGUUGCUGUCUUCUCAUUUUUAAUUUUCUUUUCUUUUUGUGGGGGUGAGGUUCUAAGCAGCAGAAAUGUCAUGGACCAUUUCAGAUAAAGUUUCACCUCCAUCGCAUUGUUUUCCCACCAAGUGUGCGGCUCGUAGGAGACGGCAGGGAAGCACAGAUCCACUGAGGAUCUCGUCUUUUUAAAGAACGCUAGAGAGAUUUCCUCAAGACAGACGUACUGAAGUGUUCGCUCAAGUUGGUCUUUUCUCAACUUCUGACAAAGGUUAAUGUCUUAUUGGCUUUUUUAUACAAACCAUGUAUUGAUUUAGUUUCAGGGCAGCAUGGURGCUCAGUUGGUAAAGCUGUUGUCUCUCUGAGAAGGUUACCUUUCGCCUUUCAUCCACAAUCUCCUCUCAAGCCGUCGCACUCAUUGUCUCCUUUCCCUCUACGUUGUUCUUUUUUUUAUAUUUUUCUACGUAAAUUUUGUAGAUUUCUGUAAACUUUGAAAGCAGCGUUGGGCUGAUCGCAGUUAUUUUAUGAAGCCAGAGGAAGAUGCAUAAAUUAUCAAUUGUACUGCUGUGGAUAGAGGAGGGUGGUAGUGAUUUUACAGACCUUUAUAGCUGUUGUUGUCACAACCUCUGGUUCCGGUCCAUCCGUAAUUUUUAUUUUCUUAAAUAAAAUGCUGUAAACUUGUGUAAGCUUCUGUAAGGGAAAUUAUUAAUGUUCUAUCCAUCUCUAUUUUCUGUUGCUAUUGAUCACGUGUCCAUCAUAUAUCAUUUUAUCGCCCAGCCCUAACUGCCACCACGCCAAAUUUUCACUCAGUAUCUGCAAAAUACUGAGUUCUAACAAGUUUUGUGCCGACUGUGGUCAGGAAGCUGUGGCUGUCAUCUYCAUUUGGAUUGACUUCAAAAGUUAAUCAGUUGUAGACGAGUACCUUUUAGUAAAAAUGUACAUUAGUAUGUUUAUUUGAUUGUUAGUCAAUUGUUAAUUUAGUUCAUAYUAUGAAGUAAUAUUAUGAAUUUGAAUUUUUAUUACUAAAAACCCUCAAGAAAAGCCUCAAAUAACCAAAGUCAGAAGUUGAUUGUUUUAUUUAAAAUAAAACCAUUUAAAAAAUGACCAUCUUGCAGUUAACAUUUUUGACGGACUCGCUGUAGGAAGGAUGGAUGUUUACAUUUUUGCAAUAAAAGCAGAACCAUGGUUAUGUUUAAAAUGAACCAACAUGUGAUGUGUGAAAUAGUCUUUGGAUCUGUGAUGUAUUUCUUUUUCUCCUCUUUCUCUUUAAACCAGCAGUCUUGUUAUUGCAGGUCCAAUGUUUACUUUUUAACUCCUUUUAAAUUCGCAUUACAAGUGCCAUACCAAACAUAAUCAUGCUUUAUUAGAUUCUAUUAUUUAAUCUGAUAACAGCUCACAGGAAUCAGCAGGUAGUUCGAGUCAGUUUUCUAGAUUAUUGUAGUUUUAAAAGCAUUUAAAAGGAGUUUUAUCAAACGUAACCUCACGCUACCCAGACCAGCUUUUACAGCAUCUUUGCCGACCAGCUUCUGAGUUUACAAAGAAAUAAUGGGAGUCAGUCGAAGUGCAGCUCUUACCUCUUUGUGACCAGAAUGAUGCCACGCUCAGUGUUUCUGUUUCUUCUGUUGAGGAGGCUGUUUUGCUCAAAUCAUGAUGGGUUCGUCUGAGAGCUGGCAACCACAAGCUGAGUGAUCAACUCCUGUUAAAAACUUUCCCUGAGGUAAAUUUACUGAAGCGGGAUGUUUAAAAGAAAAAAAGAGCGGGGUCUUGCUCUAUGUUUAUCACUUAAAUAUCUUCAUUUUAGAGAAAUCUUAUCACUGUGCCUUGUGUAUUCAAAUGGGAUAAGUUAAAGAUGCAAUAGUUUUUUUUUUAAUAUAAAGAAAUUUGUUUAAAAAAAUGAAAAUCAGUGCCUGGCUAAAGUUUGGAGUCUGAAAGGGGAUUCAAAGAGAAUCACGUUUUACGUGAAGAUUUAAAAAUGUGCCAAUUCCAAUUUAAAGGUGAUGUAAAAAAUAAAAGAAAGUGUAACAAAUGAAUUUGUCGUCUUGCUUGGAGUUAAGAGUUAAGAUCAUGAUAUCACUCUCUUGUCAGUGUAGAUUAAGCCUCUUUGUGUCAAAACCAAAUUUAAUGUUCUUUUUUUCUGGUGUACCACCUUCAAAAUCUAAAAGAAACUCAAGUCAUUUAUUUAGUCAUUAACAUUUUUGUUUUAUCACCACUGAAUAUUAAAUUUAUCUUAUUUUGUCWGAACCUAUUCAGAGAGCUCUCAUAUUCAGUCACUUGGAAACUGUUAUACUGAUGUAAACACAGCUCAAUAACACAUACUUUGACUUUUUGUGUACGUUUAUAAAGAAAGAGAAGACCAAGCRUUUGUCUUUAACCCAUCUGAAAGCUGUGAAAACUCUCAGAUCAGUGUUAUUUUACUCUGCAGAGGGAAAACCUACUAACAGACCAAAGGCUCUUGCCUUCUGGGAACCGAUGCAGGAAACCAUGUGCUGGUUUAUUUGUUUUAAUCGGGACAACUGGAACCAGCCAACAGGAAAGUUUUUUUUUUCAGUUUCUUUAUUUCUUUGAAACAAGACUUGAGAGUCGUAUCAUUGUUCUGCUUUAACUUUUGGCAAAAAUACAAAAAUGCUUUUCUCAAUGGUAAUUAUUCCUUGAAAUGAAAAAAAAGAAGGAACCUGAUUCAGGAGCCUGUUCAUCGUCAUAAUUAAAGUCCAUGACAAUCGGAUUUUACAUUUGAUGUUUGCUUUCAUCAUGAGUAGGAAUGUAAAAAAACGAAACUGUGUACUUUUCAGUUUAUAUCUAAUCAGCGUUUAAGAUAAAAUCAAACCCAGAACAUUGGAUUCUAAGAAUGCAGUGAGCUCAGAAAGGCGAGGGGCAUCAGUGCUACACACCACCACCACCACCAUCAUCAUCAUCCUCAUCCUCUGGGAAGGUUUCUAAUCAUCAUCACUUCAGUGAUUUUGUGCAUCGUUUCUAAAAAGAAAUAUCUGCCACAGGUCAUUAUAAUCUCCAUGUUGUAAAACCUCAACUUUCUGUCCAUUCUGUGAGAUAAAUCUGUCACAUACUGAAAGUAUCAGAAAACUGUAAUAUCUCAUGUUAUUACUGUGUAUUUUCUGUUUAAUCUUUUUUUUUAUUUGUUAUUUUCUGGUACAGGCUGUAUUUGCCACCAGAAGGUGAUGUUAACAUGUACGGGUCCAAUCUGUACAUUUUAUUUACUUACUUGUUUAUUUAUUUAUUUAUUUUUAUUUUUGUGACAGAUUUUGUGUAUUUAUGUGCAGUCAGGAAUAAAACUUUGUGACUAUUAUAUGAAUUAACGAGUGGAAUGAGUGCCAAAUAUGCCUGAGCAUGAUAAAAACUGUAACCUGAGAGGAACGGCAGGUAACCCCCCGACGCGCUGAGAGACACUCUGCUGCUGAUGUAAACUCUGAAUUCACGGCUGAAGGGUUUAGCAAUGCUCAAUAUUUUUGCUGAAAGCGGGAGAACUUUUAACUUUUUGUCUUGUUUUGAGAAAAAAAAGAAAAGCUUUCUUCAAGAUAUUUGUUGUAUGUUUCUGUGUCCAUUCAUGGCUUUUAAAUGCAGUCAGUGAUGGUUUUAUCAUACGUCAUUAGACCGGGAAGGAAACUGAUUAACUUAUUAUUAUUAUUAUUAUUAUUAUUAUUAUUAUUAUUAUUAUUAUUAUUAUUAUUAUUAUUAUUAUUAUUAUUAUUAUUGGACUCCAAUGGGGGGAAAAACAUGUUUGGGUCAUUUUUUCUUCUUGAAUCAUUCCACACAAAGAUUUCUUGUGUACUUAUCUGAACUCUGCUUCAUCUAAAAAAAAAAAAAAAACAAUAAAAAUAAAGUGAGCCUGACAUUUGUUGACUUUUACCCUGGAUUUUAUCAAUUAUAGACUGUGGAUUUGUUCAGAAAAUGUAAAUGUAAUUCUAAUAUUAAAAUGAAGCUAUGAAAAUAUCUUA